GCGCGCGGCUGCGGCCGAGCGCCGGGGCCAGGGCCAGGUGCAGCGGGGCAGCGGCCGCCCUGGGCAGCGGCCGGCGAGCGCUGUCAGCCGCGGGCGCCCAAGUUACCCUCCGCAAACCCGAGAGCAAGCCAGCCAGCGCCUCUUUUCGGAGCCGCAGAAACCCACACGAUGUGCUGCUGUACAAGCUAAUAUUCACUUGAUGGACCCCAAGGGAUCCUUAACUUCCCCCAGUAGAGAUGAAGCCCGCAGUAGCAUGCUGGGUCCGGAGCGAGGAAAUGUGAUGGGCUUCUAUAAAACCCUCAGGGGAGGAGCUACUGUGAAGGUGUCCGCAUCUUCCUCGCUGGCUGCUGCGGCUGCUCAGCCGGACUCCAAGCAGCAGAGACUUUUGGUGGAUUUUCCGAAAGGCUCAGCAGGCAAUGCCCAGCAGCCAGACCUGUCCAGGGCAGUUUCACUCUCGAUGGGGCUGUAUAUGGGCGAGACAGAAGCAAAAGGGAUGGGCAGUGACCUGGCAUUCCCACAGCAGGGUCAAACCGGCCUUUGCUCGGGGGAGAGCGAUCUUCGGCUCCUGGAGGAAAGCAUCGCGAACCUCAGUAGGUCGGCCGCUGUCCCGGAGAACGCCCGCAGUGCAGCGUCCGCCGCCUUGCCAGAGGAGUUUCCCAGAGCGCGCCCCGAGGUUUCUUCAGAACGGCCAGCUCCGAAGGGCCAGGCCGGCACCAGCGGCGGGGGUGUGAAGUUGCACCCGGUGGAGCAAAGCGCCUUUGACAUUUUGCAGGAUUUGGAGUUUGCUGGGUCCCCGGGGAAAAACACCAGUGAGAGUCCUUGGAAGUCAGACCUGUUGGAGGACGAGAACUGUUUGCUUUCUCCCCUGGCUGGAGAAGACGCUGCCUUCCUUUUGGAAGGAAACUCCAAUGAGGACUGCAAGCCUCUCAUUUUUCCGGACACGAAACCUGAAAUUAAGGAUAAUGGAGAUCCGAUUUUAUCAAACUCCAGCAGCAUGCCACUGCCCCAAGUGAAAACAGAAAAAGAAGAUUUCAUUGAACUCUGCACCCCUGGGGUAAUUAAGCAGGAGAAACUGGGCCCAGUUUACUGCCAAGCGAGUUUUUCUGGGGCAAAUACAAUUGGUAAUAAAGUGUCGGCCAUCUCUGUUCACGGUGUGAGCACCUCUGGAGGGCAGAUGUACCACUACGACAUGAACGCAGCAACGCUUUCUCAGCAGCAGGAGCAGAAGCCCGUUUUUAAUGUCAUCCCACCAAUUCCUGUGACUUCAGAGAAUUGGAAUCGGUGCCAAGGGUCUGGAGAUGACAGCUUGACGUCCUUGGGGACUGUGAAUUUCCCUGGUCGGCCCGUUUUCUCUAAUGGCUACUCCAGCCCAGGAAUGAGACCAGAUGUGAGCUCUCCUCCAUCGACCACCGCCGCAGCCCCGGGACCACCUCCCAAACUCUGCCUGGUGUGCUCCGAUGAAGCUUCGGGAUGCCAUUAUGGGGUCUUGACUUGUGGAAGCUGCAAAGUAUUCUUCAAAAGAGCAGUGGAAGGUAGACAGCACAAUUAUCUUUGUGCUGGAAGAAAUGAUUGUAUCAUUGAUAAAAUUCGAAGAAAAAAUUGCCCAGCGUGCCGUUACCGGAAAUGUCUUCAGGCUGGAAUGAACCUGGAAGCAAGAAAAACAAAGAAAAAAAUAAAAGGAAUUCAGCAGGCCACUACUGGAGUUUCACAAGAAACUUGUGAAAAUCCUUCUAACAAAACAAUAGUUCCUGCCACAUUACCCCAACUCACCCCCACGCUGGUGUCUCUGCUGGAGGUCAUUGAACCUGAGGUGUUAUACGCAGGCUACGAUAGCUCCCUUCCAGAUACCACCUGGAGGAUCAUGACCACACUCAACAUGUUAGGUGGGCGGCAAGUGGUUGCGGCAGUGAAAUGGGCAAAGGCGAUACCAGGAUUCCGGAACUUGCACCUGGAUGACCAGAUGACCCUGUUGCAGUACUCAUGGAUGUUCCUCAUGGCGUUUGCCUUGGGCUGGAGGUCAUACAAACAAUCCAGUGCAAACCUGCUAUGUUUUGCUCCUGAUCUGAUUAUUAAUGAGGAAAGAAUGAGUCUACCCUUCAUGUAUGAACAAUGUAGACAUAUGCUCUUUGUUUCCUCGGAGUUAAAACGGCUGCAGGUGUCUUAUGAAGAAUAUCUCUGUAUGAAAACCUUACUGCUUCUCUCUACAGUUCCUAAGGAAGGUUUGAAGAGCCAAGAGCUAUUUGACGAAAUCAGAAUGACCUACAUUAAAGAGCUAGGAAAAGCCAUUGUCAAGAGGGAAGGAAACUCCAGUCAGAACUGGCAGCGGUUUUAUCAACUAACAAAACUCUUGGACUCUAUGCAUGAAGUGGUUGAAAAUCUCCUUCACUAUUGCUUCCAGACAUUCUUGGAUAAGACCAUGAGUAUUGAAUUCCCAGAGAUGUUAGCUGAAAUCAUAACCAAUCAGAUACCAAAAUAUUCAAAUGGAAAUGUCAAGAAACUUCUGUUUCAUCAAAAGUGACUGCCUUAACAAGAAAGGUUGCCUUAAAGAAAGUUGAAUAUAGCUUUUAUUGUACAAACUACCAAUUCGUCCUGUAGAGGUUUUAUUGUUUUUUUCCUCUUUAGUUGUGUCCAUUUCUGUUUUGCUUUCAGUACGCACUACACGUGGUAUAUAGAGGGCCAAUACUUGGUGACAGAAGCAGGUACCAUCAUUCUUUCGGUGAUGGCAAAGUAGACAGUGAAACGCAUGUUGGUGUCUCCCGGAAGGUAGGAACUUAUAAAGGGUGACCUCCACGGUGAGGCGAUGGCACCUCAACCACCAGAGUCCCGAGUAUGUGUGCUGAACUCUGCUCCUGCUUCUCACAGCUGGCUACAUAAACCCUCCUCGACUUUCUGUUGGUAUAUUCCCCCUGUAUAGUUAGGAUAGCAUUUUUGAUUUAUGCAUGGAAACCUGAAAAAAGUUUACAAGUGUGUAUCAGAAAAGGGAAAUCGUGCCUUUUAUAGCUUUUACUGUCUGGUUUUAACACUUUACUUUGUAUUCAGUGAACUACGCUUGCUCAUUUUUUUCUUACAUAGGUUUUGUAUCCAAGUUAUUGUACAGCUGUUUAAGAUGGGCAGCUAGUUCACAGCUUUCCUAAAUAAACUAAACAUUAAUCUUC